AAACAAAGUUCCCCUUUAGCAGCCAACCAAGAGGGAGACGGUGAGGAAGUGAAGUUGAUAAGCUGCAACAGGAAUGGUAUCUUUUCAGCCUGUACAUCCUCUCUUUAGAAGACGGCCGUGAAGCCUGGAUCAAGCAAGUCCCGGAUACCCCAGAGUUAUGCUAUUCUGCCUCUUCUGUUCUUCCACCUGCUCUGCAGAGAGAAAAAGAUACAUUCUCAUCUGACAAAGCAACAACAAUGGCAAACAAUUCAGAAAGCACACAUGGCAUUCUGGUUAUCUAUGAUGAAGAUGCAGAAGAAUGGGCCUUAUAUUUGAAAUCAAUUUUCAAGCACAUUAUAUUAGAAGACAGAAUUGCACUUUACAACCUCAACACAAUGUCCCUGUAUGACCUGGAAUUCCAGUCGCUGUGCUCUUUUGGAUGUAAACUCUUGAUUAUAUCAAGCAAGCUUCUGAACGGCUUGAAUCUAAUGAAAAGAUAUUUUCUAGAUCAGAUUCUUCAGCCUCCUGAAAAAGUGGUGAUUUUUCUUUGUGGGAUUGAGAAUUCAGCCAUUAUUUAUCAGGGACUGAAUAUAGACACAACCAAUCCGCUGGUUACCACUGAUGAAGACCCCGAAGUUUACCUUACAGUGAUUUCCGGCAUCAUGCAACAAGGUCUUUAUGAACUCUUGCCUUUGGACUUUAAAAAUGGCUUGAAGCUUGAAGAUGUGAGUGUGAAAACAGAAAAGACCCUGGAAACCUCAGAAAAGCCAGCAGUCCUAUUGCUGCCAACAAGGAUAUCAUGUGAGAGCCCUGGAGAAAUAUUCAUUCUCUUGCAAGAUGAAGUCCCUGGUGAGCCUGUAGUAAUUGAGUUCAUAACAGAAAUGGAAUGGAUCAGGACUGAGCCAGACUUUUGGAAUCAGCACGUCAGGUAUAUGAAAGCUUUAGAUUUUCCUGCUGGCGUUGUAAAUGUAAAUGUCUACUGUGCGGGUGUCAUUAAAGCUACAACUCAGAUUGAAUACUACACAACAGUUGGGGAGAUUGAAUCAAUGUUUCAGAAAUUGACUGAUCCAAUAGCCUUUGCUUGUCAGGCUUCCAGGUUUUCUUCAGCAGAGAAAGUGGAUAACAUUCUGACAUUUUUAUUGAAAGGUCCAGUUAUCUCUAAUGGUUGCUUUCCACAUGAAUCACUGGAUCACCACCAACAGACCGACUCACAUUCAGAAGAGCUUCCCACUCUUCUCCACUGUGCAGCAAAAUUUGGGUUAAAGAAGCUUGCUGCUCUUCUCCUUCAAUGUCCUGAGGCAAUCCUAGCUUGCAGCUUAAACAACAAAUAUGGAGAAAAUCCAGCACUUCUUGCUGAAAAGCAUGGCCAUAGGGAGAUUCAGAAGAUCAUUAAAGAACAGUCACUAAAUGAAGACAAGAAGGAAAAAGAUAGUCCAGAGGAAGAAGUGAAGGUUGAAGAUGAUACCUAUGUGAUGAUGAUGAAAUCAAAAUCUCAAUGCAAUACAUUUAGCACAAGAGAACAGCCUGGAGCCUGUAGGAAAAUCAAGAAGAACAGAGGCAUGGACAACGAGGCAGAGCAGGAAGAAGAUGAAGGGAAAAGAAUAGGAGAGAAAGAAGCACCGACACCAGCAGAAGAAGGAGGAAAUAAAGUGGAGGAGAAACUUCAUCGCUUGGGUGGUAUUGAUGAGAAAUAUAGUAUGAUAUUCAACGAAGUCUCACAAAUACAUUACAGAGAUUUUAACUAUGCUGACAGGCCACCAUUACCACCUCGAAUUCAACCUAUUACUGCAAGACAGGAUGGGUUUUCCUACUUGUCUCCAGCAUGGGAAAUAGUAGAAGACCAAAAGUUCAUGACAGAAACACGUGGAGAUAAAGAAGACAUGUCUCACAAAGAAAAAGAGGAAAAUCCAUACACUUCCACUCUGUUGGAUGAGGGAGUCUAUGAUAUGAUUCUUGCUAAUGUCAUAAAAGAUCGGAAUAAAGGAAGCAAAUCUUUCAUUAUGAACCGGCCACCAGCACCUGCACCUCGUCCUUCAUCUUUCCCUAUGAAACAGGAGAACACUCCCUACAUAGCACAAGUUUUUCAGCAAAAGGUGAACAGGACUCAUGUCGAUAACAAGAAGCCUAUCUAUGCUGAUGGGAAACCAGAAAGAGCUGGAAAUUACAAUACCACAUAUACUACUGAUAUGCCCACUGUCCCAUCAGGCCAAGAAGAACUGAUACUAUUGCAGGAGCAAGUGAAGAGGGGAACAAUUUCUAUGGAUGAAGCUGUGGAGAAAUUCAAAGAAUGGCAGAACCAUAAAAGUGGAUUAAAAGUCAUCCAGAAGGAAAAAAUAUGCCAGCUCAGAGGCUCUAUUAUCAGAAAAAGACCAGAGGAGGAAACUGUGUACGAUAAAAUCACCACUGUUCGUUAUCAACAUGGUUCCAUGAAAAAAGGAAAAGAAAGUGUUGAUGCCAAAGGCAUUAUGUACACCACUCCAUUAAGAAAGCCAACUCUCCUUUGACACCCACCAGGAAAAGAGUGUUGGACCUGGCAAUUACCAACAGAGUGCCACUUUUUGUACUUCCUGUGAAACUUUCUCAACUUCUCACACUGAAGAUCCUUCAGUCCACGUCACCAUGGAAGGAUCAUAGUUUCAGCAAAGUCAGUGGGAUAAUGUUGAUCUAUGAAGACUGCAUAAGCAAUCCUUUUCAUCAGAGGAAACCAGAACAGAGAGAAGCAACAGUCCCUCCUUCUCUUUUCUUUAUUCUAGAAGACUGGGAGCCCUUUCACAUAGUGCCAUGGUUCCAUUACCUCCUAUAGAAUCCUGGAUUUAUAGUUUGGCAAGGUACUAAAGAAACUUUCUGAAUGAGCAUUCUAAAUUGUAGCUACCAGAACUUAUAGCAGGCUGUCAUGGCAAUUAAAGUAAAAUCAUAAUGCUGUAAUUGUGUAGUGUAAAGGACCCUUGAUGCCAGAUAACUGGAUUGACACCACCCUUACCCUAUAAAAGUAUGCUGGCACACAAUAUGCAAGUUUUGGUCAGGUUUUAUGUUGAAGGCUGUUUAUAACCUAUUGGAGACUUGUAUAGAAAUUCAGAGAGCCACUUAUAAUAACAAGAAGAGCUGGAGUUUGAAAAGCUACUUGUUUGGACCACAACUCCCAGUAUCCUCCUGGAAAUCAGUGGCUCAGUUUCUGGGGAAUUCUGAAAGUUAUAGUCCUGAAGAAAAGUAAACAGGAAUCUGAAAAUUCAACUUGUUGAGGUUUGUGAUCCAAAAAAAGAAACUUGUGCUAUACAAGCUGCCAUCCGUAUCCAUGCCCUGUUCACCCUAACAGCUCAUUAGACAUCUUGACCAAUGAUCAAUCUUAUUUGCCCCCAAGGAACUGGGAAAUUGAUGCUUCUGUUUGAUGUUUGAUAUUUUGUUGCAUGUCUGAUAUGAUGGUUGCAUUUUUCAUUUAAUUUUUGUUGUUAAGUUAUAAUUUGCUGGGUUGUCAAUUUUUGUUAUUAUGGGUGUAUUGUUAUUAUGUUCAGGCAUUGCAGUUUUAUGUUUGGAAUCUGUCCUGAGUCUCUCCGGUGAGAUAGGAUGGAAUAUAAAUGAAGUUUUAUUAUUGUUAUUAUAUUAUUACAAGAAUAAUUAAUUCAGCUUAUUGGUUAUUUAAGACCUCAUCUACACUGACAUAGAAUCCAGUUUCUGAAUCCAGACUAUCUGUUUUGAACUGGAUUAUAUGGCAGUGUAGGCUCCAGUUCAAAGCAGAUAAUCUGAAUUCAGAAACUGGAUUCUAUGGAGGUGUAGAUCCAACCUUAAAUGAUCUCUGAAUGCCAUGUAAUUGCAUGUCUUCUAUUACAUCCUACAAUCUUUUGAAGUGUUUGCUUGCAUUGGACCGUCCAGCAAAUAGGACUGAUAAGAGUUGCAGUCCAGCAAUAUCUGGAGGACCACAAAUUGCUCAUCCCUGUUUUAGUUCUAGAGGAAUAAAGGUGAAUUUGGAGAAAUGUUUGUGUUA